UGUGCGCGGGCGUCAACAAUCAACUAUACCACCAUCACGGGCUACUUCCUUCAAGACGAGACAUCGACUGAUCCUUCGACCUUCGACUAUACCACAGUCAAUUUUGGCCUCAUAAACCGGACUUAUCCUGCCGAUGAGAAGCUAAAGCACAACCAGAAACAGACUCUGACCCAGUGGGAGCGCUUUCACCACCAAGUGCAAACGCUGAAUGAUGAGUCACACAGCGAUGUCGAGUAUAGAGUCCUUUUCCUAGGUCGUCACGGCGAAGGAUGGCAUAAUGCUGCCGAGACAUACUACGGCACACCAGCGUGGAAUUGCUAUUGGGCCGAGCUGAACGGCAACAGCACCGCAACCUGGCACGACGCAGCCCUAACAACAAACGGCAUAAACCAAGCCCUAAUAGCACAUGAUUUCUGGCAAAAAGAGAUAAAUGAGCAACGCAUUCACACGCCAGAUAGCUACUUCGUCAGCCCAUUAACUCGCACCCUCCAAACAGCAAACUACACGUUCACCAAUCUAUCACAGCACCCGGAUGGCCAAGCCCACAGGAAUCAUGAAUCCCCAACCAAAGUCAAAUUCAAGCCACUGAUCAAAGAACUUUUCCGCGAGGGAAUAAGCAUCCACACCUGCGACCACCGUCGCAGCAAAACUUACAUCAAAGAACUAUUCCCCUCCUGGACCAUCGAAGCUGGCUUCACUGAAGACGACGAGCUGUGGAAUGGAGUUACGGCCGAGACAUCUGCAGCACGGGAUGUGCGUAGCGCAACAGCUCUUGAUGAGAUCUUCUUUGUGAAGUCAACGAAAGAAGACUCUUUCGUUUCUGUGACUUCACAUUCUGGUGAGAUUUCUUCGAUCUUGCGUGUUGUUGGGCAUCGGACUUUUAGUUUGAAAACUGGUGCUGUUAUUCCUGUGCUUGUGCGUGCUGAGAAGAUAAAUGCUGAAAAGGCUUCUUCUACUUCUGUUUCUUGGACUGCUGGUGCUCAUUGUACUGUGCCGCCUGUUACUUCUGUUUCUGGGGCUUGUGUUUGUCCGUCUAGUGCUGUGCCUGUCACUACACCGCUUGUUAGUACGUCUUAG